AUGAAAUCGAUGGGAUUAUUGUUGUGGUAUGCGGUGUGGUGUUGGAUGUGUUUGGAAGCGAGCGCGGCGUCGUUGACGAGUCGAGUGGCGGAGGCACCGCAGGAGUGCGAGUGGCAGCGCGUGUCGGGUGGGCCCGGUGAGCCCACGCGUGUGCAGUUGGCUUGCUCCCUACGAACGGCAGCUGGCGCCACCGACCUACUUGCUGGCCUUAGUACAUCUCAAGCUCAGCGCAUUACUGCGCUUGAUUUGCAUUGUACGGAUGUUUUAUUUUUCGAAAGUUCUCUUGACGUAGGAAGAAGAAAAGAAGAAGGCACUGAACUUCUAUCGCGAUUUCAUAAUCUAAAAGAAUUGAAGAUAGAGUCCUGUAAAAUUAGAUAUGUGCCAUCUGCAGUUUUGUCGCCGCUUAGCGGUUUACGUACUUUAAGUAUAAGAACUCACAAUACAGACUGGUCUGCUAUGUCUAUGGAAUUUCAUAGAGAUACAUUUCGAGGACUCACUGACCUCAGAACUUUAGAUUUGGGUGAUAAUAAUAUAUGGGUGCUGCCGUCUGAGAUAUUUUGCCCGCUGUAUAAUUUGAAGGAACUAAACGUUACACAAAACAGAUUACAAGAUAUAUCGAAUUUAGGGUUUUCCGAUUGGGGUAACGGACCAACAGCACCCGGAAAAUCUUGUAAUACGGUUUUAGAGACGUUAGAUAUGUCACAUAAUGAAAUAAGUGCACUACCCGAUAACGGCUUGUCGAGUUUACGCGCACUUCAAAAACUAUUCUUGCAAGAUAAUAGAAUAUCGACUGUAGCAGAUCGCGCGUUUGUCGGAUUAAGUGACUUACAGGUUCUUAAUUUAUCCACGAAUGCAUUGACAGCGCUACCACCAGAAAUGUUUCAGUCUUCGAGAGAUAUCAAACAAAUAUAUUUGAACAAUAACUCGUUGAGUGUGCUCGCACCUGGUUUGUUGGAAGGACUCGAUCAGCUGCAGAUAUUAGAUUUAUCUGUCAAUGAAUUGACUAGUGAGUGGGUAAACAGAGACACAUUCUCAGGGCUGGUGCGCCUUAUUGUUUUAAAUUUAUCACACAACAGAAUAAGCAAAAUAGACGCAUUGUUAUUUCAAGAUUUAAAUAAUCUUCAAUUCUUAAGUUUGGAAUUCAACAAUAUAGCUCGAAUAGCGGAUGGUGCAUUUUCUAAUUUAAAAAAUCUUCAUUCGCUGUCUAUAGCGCACAACAAUAUUAUUGAAGUGGACAGCAGCCAUUUCUCGAAUUUAUAUGUACUAAACCAGUUAUUCCUCGAUGGUAACAGAAUUACGAAAAUCGACUUACGCUCUUUCGAAAAUAUUACGAAGCUGCAUGAUUUGGGCCUCAGUGGAAACCAGUUGUCCGAGGUACCGGAAGCUAUAAAGACUCUAAGAUUUUUAACGUCUCUAGACUUAGGCAUGAACAGAAUUACAAAAGUUACAACUUCUCAGUUUGAAGGCUUAGAUGAUUUGUAUGGAUUGCGACUUGUCGGUAACAAAAUUGAAAAAAUAUCGAAGGAUACUUUUGUAGCCUUGCCAUCGCUACAAAUAUUGAAUUUAGCUUCGAACAAUAUCGAUCAAAUAGAUGAUGGAGCUUUUUCGUCUAAUCAGCAAUUAAAGGCUAUUGGACUGGACGGGAACAAGUUGGUAGAUUUAAAAGGCAUAUUUACAAACACGCAACCCCUUAUUUGGUUAAACGUGUCUAAUAAUGAGUUACUUUGGUUCGACUAUAGUUAUAUACCAACCAAUGUUGAAUGGUUGGAUAUGCAUGAGAAUAAAAUAGAGAAGCUUGAAGAUACGUAUGGUUUAAAAGAAUCGUGCAAUAUAAAGAUGCUUGAUGUAAGCUACAAUAAAAUAAGAAGCCUCGAUGAAUUUUCAUUUCCGAGUAGCGUAGAAACUAUUGUUUUAAAUAACAAUCAUAUAGAAGAUAUAAAUCCGGGCACAUUCCUUCAAAAAUACAACCUAAAUAAAGUCAUACUUUAUUCAAAUAAGAUAAAAACGUUGGAAGUUGGGGCGUUCGCCAUAUCAUCUGUCUCGGAAGACAAAGAUCUACCUGAGUUCUAUAUCAGUGAAAAUCCGUUUGAGUGCGACUGCACAAUGGAAUGGCUGCAGAGAAUUAACCAAUUAAGCGACCUCAGGCAACGACCAAGAGUAAUGGAUUUAGAAAGCGUAAGAUGCUCUUUAACACAUUCACGAAAUAAGUUGGCCGUUUUUCUACUCGAAGUGAAGUCUUCGGAAUUUUUGUGCAAGUACGAUUCACACUGCUUCACUCUUUGUCAUUGUUGUGACUUUGAUGCUUGUGAUUGUAAGAUGGCUUGUCCAGAUAAUUGUACGUGCUAUCAUGAUCUCACCUGGAACUCCAACGUAGUGUAUUGUUCAAACGCCGGCUACGAUCACGUGCCGGAAAGAAUACCGAUGGACGCGACCGAAAUUUAUUUGGACGGGAACAAUUUAAAAGAAUUAGGAAAUCACGUAUUUAUUGGUAAAAAACGACUGCAAGUUCUUUAUCUCAAUAACAGCGACAUAAAUACAAUACAAAAUAGAACUUUUAACGGCAUUGAAUCAUUGAGAGUACUUCACUUAGAAAAUAAUAAACUUGAAGUACUGAGAAAUACGAUGUUCACGCGGUUGCCGAAUCUAAAUGAACUUUAUUUAAAUGACAAUAAAAUAAAAGUAAUUGAAAACGAUACUUUUAACUACCUGCCUUCGCUGGAGUAUUUGAACCUUGACAGUAACGGUUACGUUGAUUACAUGCCGUGGAGAGUUAUUACAGACAAUAAUCCUCGCACGCGUGUAUCUGUAGACGGCAACAACUGGAUAUGCGAUUGCAGGGAUGUGGCUCAGCUAAAUCAAUGGUUAAUAAAAAAAUCUAAAGACACCGAAACCAUGAUGUGCUACUUUGCUCACGGUCUGCCCAUGAAUAAAACUAUAGCGACGAUAGCGAAGGAAUGUAAAACGGAGACCACUACCGAAGAGACCGGGACGGAGACUUUAAAGCGAUUAUUCAUUGAAUCGAAUGACGGCGUCGAAAAUUAUAUUCCAUAUAUCGCCGUUGUAUUGAUAAUAGUAAUCAUACUCUUAGUAAUGUGUGCCUUUCUGUUCAUGUUCCGGGAAGAUUUUAAAUUAUGGAUGCAUUCAAGAUACGGCAUAAGAGUGUUCAGUUCCACUUCAAAGGAUAUGAAUGAUAACAAAAACAAAAGAUUUGACGCUUUCUUUGUAUAUAAUCCUCGAGAUGAAGAUUUUGUGACACGUGCAGUGAGUUCCGAAUUAGAAAAUUUGGGUCAUUCUUUGUGCCUUCAACACAGGGACUUGCAACUGAUCGAAAGACGGUCAGGCGACAGUUUAGUUAGUGCUUCGGAAAGCUCUAAGAGACUUAUUAUUGUGCUAUCGAUAAACUUUUUAGAACAAGAAUGGUACGCGCCAGAAUCAAAGGCCGCUGUACAAAGUGCUAUCAAUUCAGUGAAUGUUAGGCAUAGACGUCAAAAGAUAAUUUUUCUCGUAACCACGGACUUGAGUGCCAUUAACAUUGAUCCAGAUUUAAAAGUGUUGCUUAAAACGUGUACAGUGAUUGUGUGGGGGGAGAAAAAUUGUUGGGAAAAGCUAAAUUUUCGGUUACCCGACGUGGACGUGACGUUGCCAAAUCGGACGCUUCAUAACGCUAAUAAUAUGAAAACUAGUAAUAGGGAGGUGUUUGGACGUCAUGGGAAUCUCAGGUACACAGCGCCCCCGACAUCUCAGGACCCGUGGUAUAAGUAUGGGAUGGCACCUCCAAUCCUGAUGAUGUCGAGCCCUAUGCAUUCGACCAGUGCAAGUGCGGAGGUGUCUGCGCGAAGUACAGAGGACGAAACUUGCUCAGUAGCCAGCAGUGAGGGCCGACCUGAUGAUCGACUUCCUCAUCAUCACAGUUACGUGUCCAUAGACAAUCAUCAGUGUGAGGAGAGGCCUCUUAGGCCCGCGCAACAGAUUCCUAUGUCCAACACAAGACCUAGUAAUUUAAGAAAGACUUAUUUUGUUUAA